AGUUUCUCCCGCAGUAAGAGCCGGUACGCGCGGGCCAAGGCGGCGCGGGAGGCUUCCCGGGGCCCGGCCACUGACCCGCACCCGCUCGGGCGGCAGGGCCAGAGGCAGGGGGGCCCGCGCUGUCCCGGGCUGGCUCGGGCUUCCGAACCGCAGGUGGAAGAGGGACGGACGUCCAGGCAGAGCGGCCGAGAGGUAGCCAAGUGGAAGGUAAUUUUGGACACCCUGAGCAUGGAAGUCUUGCUGUGGGUUUGUGGCAUCUUCAGCCCCUAAAUCCUGCCCCUUCUGUUCCUCUGUGCUCGUAAGGUAUACUGGGCUUCCUUGCUAGCCAGAGAGUUUUUCUGCGGUGUUGAGGCCUUCCUGGACCCCUGAUACUGGCCGACCAUGGGGAGCACCCUGGGCUGCCACCGCUCCAUCCCCAGGGACCCCUCGGACCUGUCUCAUAGUCGCAAGUUCAGCGCGGCCUGUAACUUCAGCAACAUCCUGGUGAAUCAGGAGCGGCUCAACAUCAACACAGCCACGGAGGAGGAGCUGAUGACCCUGCCUGGGGUGACACGCGCCGUGGCGCGCAGCAUCGUGGAGUACCGAGAGUACAUCGGUGGCUUCAAGAAGGUGGAGGACCUGGCGCUGGUCAGCGGGGUGGGCGCCACCAAGCUGGAGCAGGUCAAGUUUGAGAUCUGCGUGAGCAGCAAAGGCAGCUCCGCACAGCACUCUCCCAGCUCCCUGCGGAGGGACCUGCUGGCCGAGCAGCAGCCUCACCACCUGGCCACCGCCGUACCCCUCACCCCACGUGUCAACAUCAACACGGCCACCCCGGCUCAGCUCAUGAGUGUGCGAGGCCUCUCGGAGAAGAUGGCCCUCAGCAUCGUGGACUUCCGCCGCGAGCAUGGGCCCUUUCGCAGCGUGGAGGACCUGGUGAGGAUGGAUGGCAUCAGUGCCGCCUUCCUGGACAGAAUACGGCACCAGGUGUUUGCCGAGAGGUCCAGGCCCCCAUCCACCCACACCAACGGGGGCCUGACCUUCACUGCCAAGCCUCACCCCAGCCCCACCUCCCUGAGCCUGCAGAGUGAGGACCUGGACCUGCCGCCCGGGGGGCCCACGCAGAUUAUCUCCACUCGGCCUUCCGUGGAGGCCUUUGGAGGCACGCGGGAUGGGCGGCCUGUGCUGAGGCUGGCCACCUGGAACUUGCAGGGCUGCUCGGUGGAGAAGGCCAACAACCCCGGGGUGCGAGAGGUGGUGUGCAUGACGCUCCUGGAAAACAGCAUCAAGCUUCUAGCUGUCCAAGAACUACUUGACAGAGAGGCCUUGGAAAAGUUCUGCGCGGAGCUCAACCAGCCCAUCCUGCCCAACAUCCGCAAGUGGAAGGGGCCCCGGGGAUGCUGGAAAGCCGUCGUUGCUGAGAAGCCCUCCAGUCAGCUCCAGAAGGGGGCUGGGUACUCGGGGUUCCUGUGGGACGCGGCGGCUGGUGUGGAGCUGAGAGACGCCACUUCACAGGAGAACUCGCCCAGCAACGGGCACGGGAGACCCACGGGCCCCAGCCCGUACCUCGCGAGGUUCAAGGUGGGAAGUAAUGACUUGACCCUUGUUAACCUUCACCUGGCAGCCCUGACCCUGCCAGGGGCUGAGAAUCCAUGCAAGAACCACGGUGACGGCCACCGGGUGGCGAGCUUCGCACAGACCCUACAGGAAACCCUGAAAGGAGAAAAAGACGUGAUUAUUUUAGGGGAUUUCGGCCAAGGGCCAGACAGCAAUGACUAUGAUAUGCUGAGGAAAGAAAAAUUCCACCACCUGAUCCCUGCACACACCUUCACCAACAUCAGCACCAAGAAUCCUCAAGGCUCAAAGUCUCUGGACAACAUCUGGAUCAGUAAAAGCUUAAAGAAAAUGUUCACAGGUCACUGGGCUGUUGUGAGAGAGGGUCUCACGAACCCUUGGAUUCCGGAUAACUGGUCUUGGGGUGGAGUGGCUUCCGAACAUUGCCCUGUGCUGGCCGAGUUUUACACUGAAAAGGACUGGAGCAGGAAGGAGGGCCCUCGGAAUGGCAACGGGGUCACCUUGGAGCGAAGUGAAGCCAACAUCAAGCAUGAGCGAUGAUGACACCAAAUCGAUAUUUGCACCCCCGACCCCAGGAGGACACAGACAAGGAGCUAGCCCUUCCGGGUGAAGAUUCAGGGACAGAACUACCUUUUAAUCUUCAUUCUGAGACGUCAGCACGUGGGCCUUGACCCACUGCCUUCCCUGUGGACGGUUCAGGACCUCCGAUGGGGGCGGGGGCGUGCUGGGCACUCGCUACACCAGGCGGUCACAUCAGAAGCCCAGUGUAGGACAGAACUGUCUUGUACUCUGUGGACGCCACCGGCCUCAGCAGGACAGGGCCGGCUGUCCGCUGCUGACUGGAGGGCAGCAGCAGGGAACAGUGACAGAGGGGAGAAGGAACGAGAGGCAGCUCUGGCGGCCAGGCCCUGGCUGAGCAGAGCCAGCGUACUCAUUUCUGACCACCAAGAUGCGAUGUUCCAGCUGCACAUUACAGAAAGCUUUUAACUGUGAUCGAGCACUCUUCUCAAAUAUUUUGAGUGGUGAUUUUUAGUUUUGUU